GUCGUUUUUGUUGUUUUUGACUUAACAAGACCAGUUUUGCACUAAAAUGACUCGAAUUAGCACGAACGACGUGCGUUUUUACCUUAACAAAAUUGGAAUUUUUUUUUCUGAUGUGAUGCAUGUUUGCAAUACAAGUUAAAGACUACGAUGCUUUUGCACAGCAUACGAUGAAUGUCGCUGCAAUUACGCCACAGAAACGGCUGGAGCACGUCGGCCGUCGUGUGUUUUUACAACUGCGCUGGACCAGCAGUGUUUUUCUUUUUACAACUUGAAACCAGAGAGGACAAUAAAAAUGUGCAACCUCUCAUAGCGCUUGUUAAGCUCUUAUACGAAGAAGUGACGUUGCAAAUAACUUAUUCGCUAACUGUGGAAGAUUGUGGACGCUAAUUAUAAAUGUGGAAGAUUGAUGUGGACGCUAAUAAAUUGGAAGACUGUGGAAGAUUGUGGACGCUACUGUGAAAAUAACUUAUUCGCUACCUUAUUCGCUAACUGUGACGUUGCGAAUAACUUGUUGUAGAUUGUGGAAGAUCGCGAGCAAGCGUCGUACUUAUAGCGGGG